AUGCCGGCACUUGGCAUGCUUUUGUCACACUUUCUGUGUUUUCUCUUCUUGCGGACGGAGAAAACCCGCCGCUCAAGAUGUCCUCCGGUUAUAGUUGCCCUCAGUCAGAUUGGUGCACUGCUUGAACUAUCACCUUACCCUUUGUGCCCAACAUGUCCAAAGAAGCCUCAGCAAGCUGCGAUAGCAGUGGAACUGGCUGAGCGGUCUGAGGCCAACAGCUUUAUUUCCAGCUUCAGUUUUCCACCAUCCACGAGCGUGUCAUAUGCGCUGGAUCCCGCUUCUGUACUAUCAGACCCAGAGGACUUAAACAAGCUUCGUGCAAGAGUACUCCGAAAAAUCUGCGUUGCGGCAGUGCCCGAGUCUGUCUGCUUCAUCGUUCUUGCGCUUGACAGAUUGUUGGCUGAAGCGCAUCAUACUCACGGAUUUUGGCACCCCGUGAAUCCAUUGAUAGCUGUUGCCAUCAGUGGGACCCUGGCGACGUAUCUCGUCGCGUGGGGCUUUACAGACAUCAUCAUUUCGAUGUGGGUCAAAACAGACUUCGUUCAGGACAAUGCAAGAUUGGUUACAUUUUUCUACCUUGUCGAGAUAUGCAGCUGGUGGCCCUUUCUGUUCGAAAUCGCUGAAGGUGGCAAUAUCCUCAAAAUGGUUCACUACCUUUCAUCCGAGCUGGUUGUUAUGAUUCUGUUGGUGGUGAUUGGUUUCUAUGCAAUUCCUGGAGGCGGCAAGUUCAGAGGCUCAUUGCUGAAAAUAUCACUCCAUUUCAUCGGCCAGGUUGCCUUGGCUGCAACUUUGAGCCCCUUUCUAGCUGGUGCCAAUCUGCUUUUCUUCGACAACUCCCUGACUUUCCGCUUUCUGAAUGCACUGUACUACCCUGUUCGCUACCUUCACGUUGCGUGGUACAUCAUGAAUCUUGCGCCAGACGUACGAAUAGAAGAGAUCAUGAUGGAUCCUCUCACUGGCUUUGCGAUCACAUGCCUCUUCAUCCAAAUAGUGCUUGUGUAUGUAGUCGUGCCUUCCAAGCGGAGAGCGAGUGUCCAGCAAUCAGCGGAGGAGUUUCAGCAAAAGACGGGUGGAGCUUUAGAGGUCACUGCCGUAAAGAGUGUUCAAGGUGAACGCAGAGAAUCGCAGACAAAGAUGCAUCGUUCCAACACGGGCCUCAGGGCGAGUGUUUUCCACGAAUUGGCGAGAGGAUCCAGUGAGGAUAGCUUCGUUGAAGUGCUGAACGCUCUUGGAGACACCUUUGAGGCACUGCUGCUUGCAAGUCAAGCAGACAGUCCGCGAGUCCGAUGCGCAGUGCUUGGUGUUGCGAUACAUCCACUGUCCAAGGCAAGUCCAGCAAUGCUGUUGCAAUUGCUGCCCUUGAUUUUGCCGCAGCUUCUCCUUGCACUCAGAUGGAGGACGGUGGAAGACAUCGAGGACUGCCCUUUGAGUUGUUUUCUCAUUGAGAAGGCACUCGCGCUGGACAGCACCAAUUUCGUGUCCAUGGUCUACUGGCAACUCCUGGGCCUUGCCACAGAUCGAUCAGACAAAGCUUGGCCUAUGUACCAAGAUGUGCGGCUUCGCCUCCUAAACGCAUUGUUGCAGAGUGACUUCAACGGAAGGCAGUACAACAGCAAUUUUUGCAACCAGGCAAUCGGACAGAUCGCAGACCAGAAGCGCCUUUCCUAUCAAGUGCGCAUGGUUGCAAGGGCUGUGGCUUCUGCUACGGGAGGUCAUGCUGGCCGCACUGCAGCUUUGCGAAAGCAGCUCACUCUCCUGCAAGAAAGGAGAGAGCGCCGAGCAGAGCAGGCACAGAGCUUUGAUGAGAAGCCGGAGGCAACAAGAUCAACCAGGUCUUCACUGCAAGAAGAGGUUGGCGACAUGAUUGAUAUGGAGCGUGUGCCGAGUGCAAGCUCGCUGUCAGCAGGCAGGCGGAGUUCCACCAGGCCAGAUGAGCCAACGAGGGGCAGAAAACAGGUGGGCUUCUCCCCAGAAGUAGCUGACUCUGAAGCAGGAAGCCCUCCGAGAGAAAGGCUCCCUUCUGGUGUUCUGGGCAACUCCCCAAGUGACUUUUCAAGGCAAGGCUCGGGCUCAGGCUUGCAGGAUUUCCCGAAAGAGACGGAUGCUCAAAGAUGCUGCCGUUGUUGCUUUCGAAAGAGUCCGAAAACAAAAGUGGACAGCAUCGUUGAGGAGUGGAAAGCGGACCCAAGUAUGCAGCAGUUUGGGAACCAGGAGAUGAGUCUGCUGGAUGCGUGUGGAACGCCACUUCCGGUCGAGCCUUCUUUGCCACUGGGGGCUCUGCAAACCAAGCGGUGCUUCGUCGCCAACUCUGCUGUGGCUCCAGUUGUCUUCGCCUAUGAGGACAAUCACUCCAAAGGAAGCACGGAGGGCAGCCACUUGCAUUUGUAUGCAAUGAAGAAAGGCGAUGAUUUGCGGCAAGAUGCGUUCGUUCUCCAGAUAUUUCGCAUCAUGGAGACUACAUGGGCUGAACAUGGAUUGAGGGAGGUCUCUUUAAUGCCAUACAACGCAUUGGCGUUGUCCCCAAAGGAGGGAAUGGCUGCCUUCGUGCCACGAGCCAAGAACGUAGCAACCAUCCUGCAGGAAUUUGAUGGAGACAUCAGCCAAUUCCUAAAGAAGCACUGUGCCGGUUCAAUGUCAGCGGCCUAUGAUCAGCUUUGCGGGAGCACUGCAGGGUACUGCAUUGCUACAUACUUGCUGGGAAUCGGUGAUCGGCACUUGGACAACAUCAUGAUCACACAGGAUGGACACUUCUUUCACAUCGAUUUUGGUUUUGUCCUUGGUGACGAUCCAAAGCCUGGAGCGCCAUCGGUGCGAGUUCCACGAGAAGUGCUGGAGGUGUUGAGGCAAUCUGGUCGGUAUGAGCGCUUCCGGGACCUUCUAAGAGAGGCGUUCACACUUGUACGUCGGACGGCACGCCUGUGGACUGCACUAUUGGCACUGGCUUCAAGUGCUGGAGGGAAUGGCGUCACACCGCUUCAAAAUGAUUCAGACCGUGCUAUCCAUACAGUGCGGCAACGCUUGCAUUUGGAGCUCAACGAUGCGGCAGCCGCUGCCGAGAUUACUGCAGAGGUGGAGCAGAAUGCUGCUGCAAUGCUUCCUGUCAUCUACGACAAGCUGCACCAGGCUGGCCUAUUUUGGCACUGA